AUGACGGGCGACGCGCCGUUCGUGAUAACAGCAACGGAUAAAUCCGGUUCAAUUGCGGUUGCAGCAACACUGUUCAUGACAUGGAUGGUCAUUGUCUCCUUGAUCCGUCUCUAUAUGAGACACACCAUGAAUGGGCCAUUGGGAAUGGAUGACUGGGCUGCUUUCUCUGCCGGCGCCAUUGGGAUAGUCCACGUGGUGAUGAUUAUGAACGGUCUCUCCCACGGACUAGGCAGAUCGCAUCAGGCCAGUUCCGACUCUGAACUUGAAAAGGCUGGGGAGGCAUUCUAUACGGCAAAUCUUCUGUUGUUCGCCGGUCAUGGUUUAGCGAAGAUAUCAGUUUGCAGUCUUUUACGACGACUCGGUCGAGAAAAGGUGUAUCUGUUUGCUUGCAAAACCAGCCUUCUUAUCACGAGUGCCUGGUGCAUCGUUUCGAUUCUGGCAGUAGCCCUGAGCUGCCCCGCGAGAGACCUGUGGUCGGCGGAAAUUCACUGCCGUGAUCUUAGUACUGCUUCGAAAGCAAUUACAGCCUAUGACGUCCUAACCGAGGCUCUCCUCGUUCUUCUUAGCGUGUCCCUCGUGUGGGCCCUUCAGAUGCGUCGAAAAGACAAAAUGACUGUCGUCUUCGCUUUUGGUACUCGGAUAGUGUAUGUCAAGUCUCCUAAUGCGCUGGACUAA